AUGGCUGACAUAGGAUCCAAAUUUAUAAACAUUAGUUUUUCCUCAGGAUCUUUGAUACAGAAGCUGUACCUGGACAGCGCCACACUGGUGUGGAAUGGCACAGCUAUCAAUGGCCUCGACAAGAUCCUCAAGUUCUUCGAGACACUGCCAACUUCAGAACACUCACUGGACUCAUUAGACUGUCAGCCUCUCAUAGAUCAGGUUUCUGGAGGUCAGAUGACGAUUGCAAUCAAGACCUUUGGGACGGUGAAAUACCAGGGGAGCAAAACUAGAGCAUUCCACCAAAAUUUCAUGUUAACCUCUCUGAAUAAUGUAUGGAAAAUAGUCAGUGACAGUUUUAGAUUCCAGGAGUGA